GUCAAUUUUGACAGCUGCUUGGGUUGCGCCGGCAAAUUUGAAAAGCGAGAUCGGCCAACGCGAACACACACACACACACACACACACACACACACACACACACACACACACACACACGACACACACACACACACACGCACGCACACACACGCACACACACACGCAUGAUGAAGCAUGCAGACAUACCGUUCCGUGCAGCGGAGGCGGCUGUAAAGCAGCAGCUGUCGAAGCUUGUGGAGACGACCUUUGCUCAGGAGUUGACGGUGGCUGAUGGCGCGGAGAUAUUGAAGAACCUGCGGGACAUUGAUGCCGCUUCGCCAGACCAGCCACACUACGCCCCAUACACGACAAACGUGCCAGCUGCUGUCGAGACGUGCGACCCCUUGCUGCGUCACAUCAUCUUGCUGGUCAACGUGCUUCGUGACGACAGAUGUGCGAGCCACGAAGGGCUGUUUCGCAUUGGCGCCAACCGCAAGGAGAUGCUUGCGCUCUUUGCCAAGCUGCAAAGCGGCAAAACCAUCGACUACGUGGCCAUCGGAACAUCGCACAAUGUGCACCUGCUGACGAGCUUGCUGAAGCACCUGCUCGUGAAUUGGAAGCAGAGCAUUCUGUCCUACUCGUCGCUGCCACUUCUGAAGAAAUUGCUCGACAUUUCAAACGAGGAGAAGCGAUUGGAAGGCUUUCGACUCUUCUUUCUCGGCCUCUCCAACAACGCCCGCACGGCGCUACAGGCGAUUGUGGGGAUGCUGCACACUGUUCACAAGCACGCGCCCAAGAACAAGAUGACCGCGGAGAACCUGUCGCGUUGCAUCAGCCCCUCACUCAUCUCAUCGGAUGACACCGGGAAGAUCACCGCCAUGGAGGAGGCACGACACGUAUGCUUUGUGAACCAGCUCGGGGAGUACCUGAUCCAAACAGGAACCACAUGCCUGGAUGCGCCAACCCAUUUCGCCUCCACCCUCGACCGCUGCAUCAAGGAAGAGAUUAUGCACCGUUGUCACCUCGAGCAAGAAGCGCGGGAAAGGGGAACGAGUGCGGGCACGUUGCCAGCAACAGCAACAGCGAGCAACGUGCCUAUGGCGUGCACAUGUACACCCUCACGCAGAGUUACAAGAACGUCCUCAUCAUCCUCAUCAUCAUCAUCAUCAUUGUCAUCAUCAUCAUCAUCAUCAUCAUCAUCAUCAUCAUCAUCAUCAUCAUCAUCAUCAAGCCACACGACAGCAGCAAAGAAUGCGUGUGUUGCCACUCCAAGUCGCAUCAUGCACGCGGCGACACCAACGUCCGCCACACCGGCACCCAGAGCAACAACACCAGCACCAACCACAGCAGCAGAUGUCCGUGCAUGUGCAUGCGCAUGUGCAACCGCAACUACAACCGCAACGCCACCGCCGUUUGUGCGGGAUGCGCGAGGAGCAGUGAUGGAUGACACGGGUGACGUGGUUGUGUCCUACGGAAGCGGACGUGCGGAUGUGUUGGGGUUGCACCGCCAAAUGUGCGAGCAGUGGCGCGCAAAAUUGGCACGUGCUCUCGAACAGGGUGCCGCUCGCCCCGCCAUCAAGACAUACAGGGACAAGCUCAUUGCGAUGCUGGUGAUGACGGCGUCCAUGGCGGAAACAGCGGAGGAGCGACGCGAGUUGGAGAACGAGGCAGAAGCGCUUCGAAAGCAGCAGCCGUCCAGGUUAAAGGAACUCACGCACGCACUUGCAUCGACACCGCGGCGCGCACGCAAGGUGCUGUCGCGACUGGCAACGCCGCGGUCACGGAAGCGCGGCCUGUCUGCUGGUGACAUUCCGCCUGCCGUGUCCAUCUCAGCACCAACAACAACUGAUGAUGUGUCGAGGAAGGGGGGCGAGUCAGCUGAUGAAGCUGUUGCGGGUAGCGCCACCGCCAAGAACGUCACGGGGACCACUUCAGCCCAACCACAAUCACCAGCAUCAUCAGCCGUGGACUUGACUUCAGCGUCGACGUCAGGCGCACGUGCUGAUGACAACGGCGGCGAUGCACCAAGCACCCCGUUUGGUUUCCCGCCAAAUAGUCUCCAUGCUCGUGACACCAAAGCCGCUGCUUGUACUGAUGCUUCUACUGAUGCUGAUGAGCGUAAGGCGAACGGCAGAGAUGGUGUCAAGCAGGCCAACGAUGAGGCCACCGCGAUGCAACGCAGCGCGGAUGCUGGCGGCGAUGGCGAACUUGAUCGUGAGCAAGUGAGCAGCCCGUGCAUGCGAGCAGCGCUCUCUGCUGCUGCCAAGCGCACGCCACGCAUUGCACGACCACGCUCGACACGCCCCAUGCCGAAGCUGCAAUGGGACGAUACGCAGCACGUUCCACUUCGCUUUGACCAACCACCCCAACAGCAAUCCGGUCAGCACAGACAGCAACACAACGAGCAGAAGCAGCAGCAGCAGCAGCAGUUGUUGUUGCUUCGGAGUAAGCUGGUGAGCGGCAACAGUGGACGGAGCGAUGACGAUGAGAAAGCAGCGCCUGAUACGUCGACUGGAACAGCGUCAGCUGUUGCUGCUGACGUGGCGACAAGGCCACCUCUGAUGGCUCGCAAUGUUGUGCGCACGCCCACGACUGCGGCAACGCACGACCGAAAGCACCUGGUACCACUGCGGCGCAGGCAGCACGAUCAGUCUGAUGUGCUUGCAGGCAGCAGCAGCGGGGAGCCACAGCAGAAGCGCCCCUUGAUGAUGAUAGCGAGAUCGACCAGAGACGGUAGCAGCGAGUGUACUGGCGCUGACGAGGCCGACGAGAACGCGCCCGCUGUGGACAAGGAGAACGCACAGCGACCAGCGACCAGCGCCAAGCGGUUGAUUCAGCGCUUGGAUUCACACACAUUCAUCUGCUGAGAUCCGUUCGUCAGACUACGCGGGGCAGGAACUGCCCACCACCCAACAGAGAACAUACCCAAGUGUGGAGAGGAGAGCGCGUGAUUGCAACUGGAGAUG